AUGCUUCGUCGUAGUCUCGCACGUCGCAUCGAUGUGCGCCACACAUGCGCGCCGUCCUUUAUGCAGCACCCGGCGGAGCUCGGCUUUUACUACCCCCGCUUCCACCCUGCCACGCACAUCCACCCCGCGGGGAUCCCAGAGAUCAACGACGCCGUCGCACUCAUGACGCGUCACUCCGCGAGGGCCACACCCCAACACAGCAGCAGCAGCGGGGACGCCUCUCCCUCUACUCCGCCUUCUUUUGCGGAAUACGAAGGGCACCAGGGCGGGAAGCCGCUGCACGGGUUACCGCCUGCGCGGUGGACGACGACCGUCUCCACCUCUGCCAGGCCCACCACCGACGUGUCCGCCGCCGAAGCGCAGAAGGACAACACGAAGAGUCUCGAACUGUUAGAGCGCGGCAUCGACAUUUUAAACAGCGUCGGCGGUGCCGGCAGCUCCGCCGUCGCAAAUCUUAUCCGGCCGCUGUUCGCGGCCCGGUUUGAGUUGCUAAACGGUAGCGAGCACCUGCCGCGGUCUGCGUACGCGAUGCACGAGCAUGUGCAGAAGGUCAUCCUGAAGCAAUCCGCCGCCUUGCUCUACCACAACGAUGCGUGGGACAAGACGGACGUGAAUCAGCUCGACACCACGUGUGUGAUCGUGGGUCAUUUCGUAAAGGCGUUCUGCGCGUUGCACCUUCGGCCCUUUCACCAGGCGCAGUCAUCGACGACCGCUGCGGCAGCAGUAAGGCAUCCAGCCAAGCGGGUCGGUGGUGCGACGGCGCCAACACCUUCCGCCACGCCGCCGGUGAAGAACACCGCCCUCUUCAACGCUGACAAAUGGAAAGUGCAAGUCGGCGACUGCGAAAGCGAGUCGUUGACGCUCUCCGCCGUGAUGUCACGCGUCGACGAGCUUCUUCGCCUCUCCGCGGCAGCCUACGGGAAGUACGGCACCACGCACCCGGAGCUACGGUGGCUGCGGCCGAAGCUGCUCGUGCUGAAGGCGCUGCUGACGAUCCCGCUGACGGGACACCUAUUGCAGGCGCAGCAGCUUGUUCUCCAGGCGUUGAGCUACGUGGACUCGCUGACCCGGCGCACGAACUUGCUCCUCGACGGCCUCAACGGUCGGGUGCAGGAGCCGGAGCUGGGCCUGUUCCUGCUGCUGCGGGCUGAAAUGGCGUCGCUCAUCUUCGACUGGGAGGCACCGGUCGGGCAGGUGGAGGAUGACCUGUUGCAUGCGUAUGACGAGGCCCUUCGGUUCUACCCGGAGCCGUACGUGACGACGAUCGACGCAGACGGCAUCAUGUCGGAGACGCACCUGCCGACCCGGCGCUUUGAGGCAGAGGCCUACACCUGUUGCCUUCGCAGCUACGCACGCUUCUUGCAGAACGCACCGCGGCCACCGGCCACGUCGACGCGCGAUGCCCCCGUCUUCCUGCCCAAGCAAAUAUUUUCCCUGAACCCGCUGCUGACGGUGGCGACGUCGUCGCCGCUGAUGUACAGCGAUAUCCGCAACACCGUGCCGCUGACGCUGGAAAGCUGCCGUCGACGCACCGGAGAAGCGCUGGACAAGGCGUUGAAGCUCAAUCGUAUGCUGCAUCCCGAGCUGCGGCAGAACCCAACUGCCGCGUCGACGCUGCUGGCGAUGGCGUGCAUGUACGCCGACACCCGCGAUUACCUCUACGCGACAGGGUUGUUUGAGUCGGCCAAGAAGGCGGUCGUGCAAGUGUACGGCGAGGCCUCCCUGGAGCAUGUGCUGGUGCAGAAGCUGCGGUACGAGUUUCUCGCCGGCGUCGGCUCGGAGCAGGAGGCGAAGACGGCCUCCCACGAAGUGAUUCAUCUGUUGAAGCGCGUAGACAGCCUUCCGAGUGCUUGA